AUGGGCGUCAUCCGGAAGAAGACCGUCACCAGAGGCGGCGAAGGCGGCGUCAAAUACGUCUGCGAUGUCUGCUCAUCCGACAUUACAUCUACGGUUCGCAUUAGGUGUGCGGAUCCCGCCUGUAACGACUUCGAUCUAUGCGUCUCCUGUUUUGCAAAGGGUGAAUCGCGGAAUGCCCACGACCCCGCCACACAUGCCUUCCGAGUAAUCGAACAGAACUCAUUCCCCAUAUUCGACCGGGAAUGGGGCGCAGACGAAGAGUUGCUCCUUAUCGAGGGCGCAGAGAUAUAUGGGCUCGGUUCCUGGGCAGACAUAGCAGACCAUAUCGGCGGCUUUCGCGAAAAGGAUGAAGUCCGAGACCACUACCUCAACACCUUUGUCGAUUCCUCGCGAUUCCCUCUGCCCAAACGAUGCAGCCCCCACGAUUCGGAGCUUGCGAACGAGAUCACGAGAGAGGAGUUCCAGUCGCGCAAGAAACGUCGCAUAGAAGAACGGAGAGAAAAGGCCAAGAAUGCGCCGGCCCUACAACCCAAAACCAAACCCACUGCCAGUGUUCCUAGCUGCCACGAGAUCCAGGGUUACAUGCCUGGUCGGUUAGAAUUCGAGACCGAAUAUGCCAACGAGGCCGAGGAAGCAGUCCAGCAUAUGCAAUUCGACCCUGGCGAUGGGCUUAAUCCUCGCACCGGCGAAAUCGAGCCUGAAAUGGAGCUAAAGCUCACAGUCAUGGAAAUCUAUAAUUGUCGCUUAACCCAGCGUGUGGAGCGAAAGAAGGUGAUAUUCGAGCACAACUUGCUUGAUUAUAGAGAGAACAUCAAGCUUGAAAAGAAGAGGUCCAAGGAGGAAAAGGACCUGCUGCAAAAGGCAAAGCCCUUUGCUCGCAUCAUGAAUCACAAGGAGUUUGAGGAAUUCAGCCAAGGUCUCCUCGAUGAACUGAACCUCAGACAGGCCAUUACCCAACUUCAAGAGUGGCGAUCCCUCAAGAUUGGAGAUCUCCGGGGCGGAGAAAAAUAUGAAGCAGAUAAGGCUGCCCGAAUACAAAAAUCAAUCCCCAUGGGAUCGAUGGACAGAGAGCGCCUGGCCAAUGCGCAACGGUCUAAGCAGCCGCCGCCACCAGAACCUCCGAGCGGGGCUGCUCUGCUUGUCGCUCCAGAGUUGCCGAUACGGUCUGCUGGACAGACGAACGGCAUCACAAACGGCGACUCCAAGCACCUCACAAACGGGCAUACCAACGGGGUAAAUGGCGUCAACGGCCACGGAUCGGCGAAGCUAGCAAACUUGCCGAUGCCAAUACCCGGCCUGCAGCCACUCACGCUGACAUCCGAGAACAAUGCGGAUAUACAUCUGCUGACGCCAGAGGAAGUAAAAUUGUGCGAAAUCGUGCGCCUAGCACCGAAGCCUUAUCUGAUGAUCAAGGAGCAAAUCCUUAAGGAGGCGCUCAAGACCAAUGGUACGAUGAAAAAGAAGCAAGCAAAGGACAUCUGCCGGCUGGAUUCGCAAAAAGGUGCUCGCAUAUUCGAUUUCUUCGUCAAUUCAGGCUGGGUCGGUAAGGCAUGA